UUAAUGAUUUAUUUAAAAUUUAUUAGUGACUUUUUUCAAAUUUUGGGUUGUUAGUGCUUGUUCUCGAAAUAGAAACUGGGGUUUUAACUUUCCAUUGUUUGGUUUGGAUUGAAACAUUGAGAAAGAGAAAGAAAGAAAGAACUGAGAUAUAGAGAAGGCCGGGAAAUGGCAAAGGAGGAGUCACCAUACAAGGCAGAUGUAGUGAAAGGAAAGGUUUGUUUGAUCACAGGAGGAGGGUCGGGCAUUGGUUUUGAGAUUUCAACACAAUUUGGGAAACAUGGAGCUUCAGUAGCCAUAAUGGGUCGACGCAAACAAGUCCUUGAUGCUGCUGUCUCUUCUCUUCACUCCCUUGGAAUUAAUGCUGUUGGCUACGAGGGGGACGUUCGCAAGCAGGAAGACGCAAGAAGAGUGGUUGAAUCAACUGUCAAGAAUUUUGGCUGCCUCGACAUUCUUGUGAAUGCAGCUGCUGGCAAUUUUCUUGUGUCUGCUGAGGAUUUAUCCCCUAAUGGGUUUAGAACCGUUAUAGAUAUUGAUUCAGUCGGCACAUUUACAAUGUGCCAUGAAACACUCAAGUAUCUCAAAAAGGGAGGACAUGGAAGGAACUCAUCUAGGGGUGGAUCAAUUUUGAAUAUUACUGCUACUUUACACUACACAGCUUCUUGGUACCAAAUACAUGUCGCCGCAGCCAAGGCAGCCGUUGAUAGCAUUACUAGAAACUUGGCACUUGAGUGGGGAACUGACUAUGAUAUUAGAGUCAAUGGUAUCGCCCCAGGUCCUAUUGGUGAUACUCCUGGCAUGAGUAAACUAGUACCGGAUGAGAUUAAAAGCAAAACUCGAGAGGUCAUGCCUCUGUAUAAGAUAGGGGAAAAAUGGGAUAUUGCUAUGGCGGCUCUCUACCUUGCUUCUGAUGCUGGUAAAUAUGUGAAUGGCACUACCCUUGUAGUUGAUGGAGGACAUUGGCUGAGCCAGCCUCGCCAUAUACCAAAAGAGGGAGUAAAGAAGCUGUCUCGGGAUAUUGAAAAGAGAUCUAGAGAUAAACCAGUUGGAGUUCCUACCAGCAAGCUAUAAUGUUCAUCUAAAUGCUUCAACAUAUAGCAAAAUCUAUAGUUUCAUAUCUGAACAUUUCAAUAAGGCCUCUCAUGGUGGUUAAAUAAGUAAUGAAACUGCUUUACCAAGUCUUCUCAAGCUUAAACGACACAGGGAAAAAGAUACAAAAUUGGAUUGCUUUAAUCAAGAUUUGAUGAGUUGUUUCAAUUCAUGUGAAAAUUUGAAGAGUCGCUAUGCGGGUGAAAAUAUAAAUAGAAUGUUAUUAAGAUUGAAGAUAUUCAAGCAUAAUAUGUUGAAGAAAGAAUUGUAUGAAACUCUGAUUUUAUUAAUCUAUUUUAUUUACACA